UGCGGUAGCCAGUCGAUACACAUAAAUUAUGAUGCAUGUCCUUGUUGGAGAAAUUUGUCUCGCCGCUUGAUGCCGACAUAGCACUGUCUCAGCAAAGUUAUCUGGCAUUUCUUCUUUUUCCAUACUUUAAAUCAAGUUGGUGCUGUGUUGGGUUUCUCUCAUAGGGCGUAUAUAAGGUUCUCUGGCCUUCAUAGUUGUGGACAUUUAUCCAGACCCUGAAUUUGCUUGUCACUAUCUUCAAACACUUUGUCUUCUUGGACUUGUCCUCCUUCUUCUUCUUAUCGACACACAAACAUCUUGAGAUUAUUCAACAUUUCCUUGAAUACUUAUUACAGCUAAAAUGACUCUGAGAGUGGAGCCGUCAUCUCAAAAAACCUCAACUGUUAUGGGAAUUACAUCUGUUGUUAACAACCCUGAAGAAGUUGUAACUCAGAAAAUGAACAUUCUUAUGCUUUUGAACCCUUCGGAUUCCGAAGUAAGAUCAGAAGAACACUCUGAUAACGACAUGCCUGAUUCGAAAAUGGAUCUUGAAACUCAACACCACCAGCCUUCGACCUAUGUACAGCAGGUAUUCAACAGGCAUUCUUCGGAAUCUAUAUUCCAAUAUCAAGCUCGGCUCGAAAGAACCGAAGCUCAAAAUCAUGCUCGUCUCAAUGCUACACGAAGUGGAAGAACACAACUUCCUCCGGCCCCUAUUCAUAGCCGUCCCUUGUCGUUCAAUCCGAUCAACGCCCACCAUAGAUUCACGAACCCGUAUCCUUUACCCCCAAUCUAUUCCCUUCCCAGUGACAGAUAUCACUCCCAAUCUCCAAGUCAUUGUCACCAUCAUGAUCGCCAUCAGCUUUCCCAUCGUCGUCAUUCCCAACCGGUCUCUCGAUCUGACAAGAAGAAGCCUCGCAGCAACAAGGCUUACUCGCUUGAAGAGGUCGAUUUCAUUCGGUACCACAAAGAAGACUUGAACAAGCACUGGCCCGAGGUUCUACUUUGCUUCAGAAAACGCUUCAGAGGAUAUCAAAGAGAGUCAGAGCAAUGUCUUUCAUCGAGAUACUACAGGGAUAACAACAUCAAGAUGUACGAUGAGAGCGGCAGAGUAAUGCGAGAUGAGAAUGGAAGAAUCAGAUAUAUCUCAGCCAAGGUUAGAAGAAGAGGAACGCCAGCGGGAAGAUUAGAAGGAAUACCAUACACUCUUGUGCAAAAGCAUCCAGAGAGAGCCAUGAAAUAUUCUUGGGUCUCGGAACAGCACAGGAAUGAAAUGAGAAUAUUGGCAGAAGAGACGUCUGAUCAAGAACGAGAACAAUUCAACUCACUGAGAGCACAACAGUUGAGAAAGGAUGAGCAAGAACGAGGCGCGGUUGACACCACAUCAGAAUCUAUAGAUGAGUCCAUGGAUGAAUUCAGCGGCUAUGAAGACUCGCCUACACCAUCCAUUGCUCAAUCUUCCCCUCGAUCUUCCCCUUGAGCUGUUUUCUCGUUCAAUCAUCUGUUUUAUAUAAGCCUCUGGGGGAUUUAAAAGCUAGUGGUGUGUUCUCGAAAAGGGUUUUUGGUUUUUGGGUUAUCUACUUAUUACGAUGUUGGAUCUUGUUUUGUUUUGUCAUUAUUCAUUAUGUUUGGAACUUUGGUAUAUUGGUAUGCUUCACUGCGUGUUUAAAGUUGGAAAUGUUGAUUGAUUCCCGUACACAUUAUGGUAUAAUGCUAGAUUUAUGCUAGUUGGUACAAAAUUAUGACAAGGAGAUGACUUUAAUGAUUAGAAACAGGCUUUCUUCACACGCUUUCUUCUCCAUAAUUGUGGUUACUAUUAGUGCACAAAAUGAUAUUGUGUUUUUGGCCACAAUAAAAUGA